GAACAUGAAACUAUUUUUGUUAAUUUUGUUUCUGGCCGCAGCCUGUGCUCAUCGGAAUAGAAAUCGCACUCGUAUCCCCAAGGACGAUGAUCCCAAAGACAUCAUUGUGAACGGAUACGCAGCCUACGAGGGCAAGGCUCCCUACAUCGUGGGCCUGCUGCUCCGCACCGAUGGCAGCAAUGGAGCCGCCGUCGGUGGUGGCAGCAUUAUUGCCAACACCUGGGUCCUGACCGCCGCCCACUGCCUGACCACCGAUUCCGUGGACAUUAACUACGGCUCAAACCGGGCCUGGGAUGGUCAGUUCAAGCACAACGUAAGGAAGGAGAACUUUUUCCGGCACCCCGGAUACCCGAACACCGCUGGCCACGACAUUGGCUUGAUCCGCACCCCUUAUGUGAGCUUUAACAACCUGGUCAACAAGGUGGCUCUCCCCAAAUUCAGUCAGCAGAGCCAGCGCUUCGAGAACUGGUGGUGCGUGGCCUGUGGCUGGGGAGGAAUGGCCGACGGAAAUCUAGCCAAAUGGUUGCAGUGCAUGGACGUGCAGGUGAUCAGCAACGAUGAAUGCGCCCGCUCGUAUGGUAGUGUGGCUAGCACCGACAUGUGCACCCGUCAGACCGACGGCAAAUCGGUGUGCGGCGGAGACUCCGGUGGCCCCCUGGUUACACACGACAACCCCAUGCAGGUUGGAGUAAUCACCUUUGCCUCCGUGACCUGCAAGAGUGGACCUUCUGGCUAUACCCGAGUCACCGAUCACUUGGACUGGAUCCGGGAGAAGUCCGGUGUCGCCUACUACUAACUGGAUAAAGGGACCUUUGGUAUCAAAAUUGAUAUAUCGAAUCUAUAUAUUUCAAAAAUAUCUAAUGCACAUUAUGUAUAUAAAUAAAUGAAAUGAGCUGCUAAA